AUGGCUUCACGUAUACGUGAACGUGCUAAUUUAUGGUUAUUAGCUACUAUCAUAGCUAAUAUUUUAGAUAAUAAAAAUAAUUUGUUAAAUACAUUUCUUAGCCGAGUAAAACUAAAACGUAUGAGACUUGAUAAUAAUGAUGAAAUUGAUGUAGAAAUUGUCGAUAUUUAUCAUCCUCAUAUUGAAGAUGCAUUUAAUGAAAGUUUAAUAUAUAUUCAACCACAAUCAAUUAUUUCAAUUCCUAUAGGACACGAAAUUCAAGCAAAACCAGAAUUAAUUGAUGCUCCUUUAUUAAAAGAUAUUCGAAAUUCAUUAGGAAAUUGUGAAUAUAAUAAUGAUAUCUUACGAUAUUUAUGGAAAACAAUUCUAACUAUUAGAAUUAAUACAACAUCAUGUCUUGGACUUUUUAAAGAAAUGUUGAUGGAUCAGACAUUACAUGGAAAUGAUUUAUCAAAAAAUAUUUUUUUUACUGCACCUAUUAAUCCAAAUAUUAUAUCUAAUGAUGAUAAUAUUGUUCAUAGACGAGAUUUUCUUGUAUAUCAAUUACCAUAA